AAAAGAGUAUAAAAGGGGAAGGGGGAUGAAUAUUUAAUAGUCUGUCCCUGAGCUUGACGUCUAGCCUCUUGACACAUACAGUAUUAAUAAACAGGAUGGCAGGAUGCUCUGGUGUAUUCAUGAGUGAGACAGCAGGCUGUUGUCUCGAAGAUGCUGCAAAGUAUUGUAAUGUGUGACGCUUUGUCAAAAUGACGUAAAUAAUAUGCAAGAAAGCGGGUUUGUGGAACAGAUAAAUAUGGAAAUGGGUCAUAUUUAAGUGAAUCUUAACAAGACGCUUUGUUGCUUAUUUAUUUGCAUACGUGCGUAAUUGAAAGCUCUGGCAGUAUGUGCAAUGGAACAGCAUAAUGAUAUACUGAAUCAUGCCUGCUAUUCAAAAAAAAUAUUGGGCACACCAUGCAAUCAGUAACAUUUAACACAGAAGUAUGCAUCAACUCGAGGAUGAAAUUGAGUGUGGGAUACACAAUGUUUUGUUACGUGGGGGUGGGUUGAAAUUGCUGAUAGGCCUUUUAUAGGCCUGUUGUGAGUUCUGGUAAAUGCUGUUGUUAAAGCCAUUUUGCUUUGCAAUAUUUUAAUUAUCGGUAGAAUUCAUGGGAAAAACUACAUUACCCAUGAGGCCAAGCAGAAAAGUUGUGGGAAGCAAAUUGCGUGGAAAGAGCAGUGCUGCCAGCUGCUUUUAAGUAGCAGUUAAAACUGGUAGCUAAAUGCCACUAGAAGACCUCAUAAAGGCAAAUUCAUGUGUUUAUCGUGUGCGUAUUAUGCAUAUUUUGCAAUAAGCUUAAGAUGUAACUAACAACUUUAAAUUAAUGGUUUUAUGUUUCACCAUCAUUUUAAUUUGAUUGCCAUUCCUGCUUUAUAGCCAACCUCCUUUAUCAUAACGCAUAACGAAGAUUUUUGGAGGAAAAAUGAGUGCAAAACAUAUCUCCGUAACUUUCGUCUACAGCACCUUUGAAAGUCUAAAAGUCCUUUGCGCGCUGCUCUUUUAGACAAACAUAGCAGGUUGAUCCGAUGUUCUUUGCAUACUACAUACUGCAUAGUUUUCAGGCUGCAGCGGUACUUCAGUCAUUUCAAACAUAGCCGUUGGAAGUUGCACAUUUCGAUCCCGCCAUUUCAGGCAAGUUUGCAUACUAAUCCCAUCAAUCUAUGAUUUCUAGCGUAGCUUCGCUCCUCUCGUGCUUGCGGAGCGCGCUUAAUUAAUUAGUAACAUCUCUGUAAUUUAGUUUGUUUGCGCUUCAGGGUGUUGUGCAACCGGACUUCAGCUGUGGAAACGCAGAAGCCGCACGUUCAUGAUUUGACGCUGGGGAUGGGCCUCUUCGCGGACGGCGGCGAGCCUCUGAAUUAAUGAUGCGGUGGAUGGCGUCUGCUCGCUGUGGGGAUAGAGACAUGUCAAAUCCACUCCUGCCGGUUGGCCGCUGCUUUAAAAGGCUGAUUUCCCCCGGCCUCUUCUUUUACAAGCGCCGCGUGUUAUGUAAAGGAUCUUUGGAGAUCAGCAGAGGUCUGGCUUUAGGCUGGUGCUGGUCUGCGUAUGGCCUGAUCGUGUGCGUAUGUUUUCCCAAAUCCAGGAUUUCUGACGUCAAGUUGCGCGUGCUCAUGUUUCCUUAAAAGGGUGCCUGACGUCUCCGGUUCGAUUCUUGCGAUGCAUCGCCAGCUAAGCAGGAAUUAACGUUUGCAUUUAAAGAGACAGCUCACUUAAAUGGAUAGCUUGCCUAUUGAUGAAAAGUCUGUCACCGUUUAAUCACCCUCGAGCUUUUCCAAACCUGACUCGUUGAGCGCAAAAUAUGGUAUUUUUCGAAGCAAACUGCCAGGUUUUAUUAAAAGAAAACAUUCAACGAUAACAAAAUGUGUGCUUUGCUCUCAGGUGACAUUUUAUGUGAACAUGCAAAUGAGAGAUGCAAAGUAACUGUGCUAAUGUCUGAGAUAUUUUGCGAGAAACUGUUUCCAAGUAAACUUCAGAAGACUGGGAAUACAGAGCACAUGGGAAUUACUUACAUAAGGCACAGGACCGUGAGUAAUAAAUACACACAAAUACCAAAACAGAGAAAAUGCAGCACCUGCCAACAAUGCAGGCUUUUGUUACAAAACCCUUAUAUGUAAUUGCAGAAGGUGUUGUUUAACACAUCUAAUGACAUUUAUUAUUGAGCCCACAUACAUCUGUCAGGUCUGUCUUCGGAGACCGAUUGAUGUGAUCUGUUAAAUAAAAAAUCGUACAUUAACUGUACUGUUCUGGGUCAGCGAAGUGAUUAAAAAGCAGUGUAAAGAGAAGGAAGAAAGGAAGGAUGCGGAGGCGUUUUCAUGUUGACGUGUGGUAUUGUUUCCUGAGUGCAUAGUUCUUGAGGUAAUUUCUGAAAAUAUUUUUUAAAGCAUCGCACUCUUCUUCAGAGAAGUCACUCAAAAUGUCUUCUUUUGUGUUAGAAGAAGAAGAAGUCGCCGCAAAGGUUUGGAGAGCGAGUAAACUCAUCUUUUCAACACACAGUUCCGAGGGGGAUUGAAAGUGACUCAGAUGUGCUACUGCUCCCUGCUUCAUUUUUAAUAUUUUAUUUUGUCGUUCUCCAAAGCGGUAAUUUUAGGCUCCGUGAAGAGAGAUGGGCGAGGACGGCAUCCCGGGGAAUAUUGUCCAAUAAAACACUGGAGGGUUUGUAGCCUAUAGAAACUCCCAGAUGAAAUGCCAUUAAUUGAAAACAAAAAAAACUAAACUGAUAAUUUUUACAAGCUGCAUUUUGGUGACUGCAUGUUUUUCUGCUGGUAAUAUAUAUUAUAUGAUUACUACAUUAUAUGAUUUAAUGUAUUAAAUCAUACAACCCGAUAUUAUAAAAUACACAGAUAAUAAGUGUUAUUGAUUAAACUAAAUAGUAUCAAUAUAAGAGACAUCGGUAUAAUAGACUGAUGUUUACAAAAAUCUAAAUAGUUUCCUUUUUAAUUUUUUAAUUAUUAUUAUUUUUAUAUUACAUUUUUAUUAAAGACUUUUACACUUUAAUAAACAAACCUGCUGUGUGGAAAGUCAAGUUAUUUUUUUAUUUUAUUUUUUUAGAUCAUGUGCGCCCUCUGGUGGACAAAAUAACAACCGUAUGAAUGCAAACGCCACAAAAAACUUAAAACAAUGUAUAUUUACUGAAAGCUCACAUAGAGGUGUGAGUGCUAGGAUAAUCGUUACAUAUAAAGCCUAUUAGCAUAUAUAAAAAUGUAUAUUCCUCAAUUAAAGACAAAUUACAAAUUUGCUAUGGGCUGCUUUUGGUACUUGAUGCUUUUUUUUGUUGGCCAUUUUGCGUUUCAAGAAUAAGGUCCAAAGGGGUCAUACAGAAAAGUCAUGACUUGUCCACACCCACUGGCCAAACGCUCACACGAAGAAGGAAAGGCGUAGCUGUUAUUCUCAAAUAAGCACGGCUUUGCUCUCAGGUCUGAAGGGGUCGGUUAAAGAAACCAUUAACAAAAAACCUCUAUUGAUCAACGCACAUGGUUGAUUGCAUUAUAAUAAAACUUUUUCAGUCAGGAAGUCAUGCAUUUAUUACCUCUGUUCGCAUUUUUGUAACUAACAGAACUGGAACACGUGCAAUUACGAUGAACAUCUUGGUAAGAAACGGUGUGCCUAAGAUCUACCCUCGCCCUGCUGUCAUGCGUAGGUGUUUUGAAAGAAAGCAGCCAUACGGCUGGCAGAAAUCCCGCCCCGUAACUGGUUAACAUGAACGUUUUCUACACCACUUCCACUUUCUUCUCACGACAUUAAACAGGCUAAAAGAUAGAGGUGGGAAAUUUGAAGCAACUCUUUCUGUUUGACCUCUCCUCGAGUCACAUACCGUAAUACACGAUUUCUUCUAGACAGUUCGGCCGACGACAGAGUCAGCACCUAAAUGGACUUUCUAGAAUUUAAAACGAAUGAAGAGUUACUGCUUUUCCUCCACCGGAAAAAGACAGAGAUUUCGUGCGUAGAAGAACCGCGCAGACUUCUCACUCAGCUGCGAGACCACGAUCUGGUGCCGGAGAACCUUUACGAGAGUGUGAAAAAGAUGCGUUCUCGUAAGCAAAAGGAGAAGGGCUUCUAUGAUGUUCUGGACUGGGUGGAGAAAAACAGACCUCAGGACAUGCAUCGGUUCUGGCGCUGUGUGUUUGAAGAUCAUAUCCUGCAGCUGUAUCCAACACUACGCAUCCUCAGAAACAGUCUGCAGGACGACACUCUCUCUUUCUCAGCAUCUUCUGUGAAGAAAAGAGACGAGCAUAAGCUUUCUGUAACCUGUGGGAAUAAAAGAGGCACUCUCUAUCGGGACAAAAUGGCCAGAGGGGAAGAGUGUAUCUUGUCCCAGGGACGCUGGUUCACCCGAUGUGGGUUUGAGAAGUUUGGGGAGAGAGAAAGGUGGAAAAACUGGAAAAUCAGUAUUCGCCACAGAAACGAACCGCUUAAGAAACUCAUCAAAGAGGGGCGUCUUCAUUGUCCACUGAGGAAGCGUAAAAAGAAAACCUGUAUUAAAAAAAACAGGAAUGGGAGGUUUCCUGUCAGCUCAUCUGAGAGCUCCGGUGCAGAUACGAGCUCUGGUUCAAGGGAGGAAAGUGAUGAAGAUGAUGAUUUCCAGGAGCAGGGAGGGAGAAGAGGAGUAACAGAGUUAAGAGAGAGAGUUGAAGAAGAAGACAUGUCAGAUCUGUCUGUUUUUCAGGCUCCCUCUUUACCGGUCACCUGUGCUUCACUUACUGGGACUCUGUACAAAUACAGGUUUGCGUCAGGGUAUCGUGGGAAGUGUAUACGUACUGAGGAAAGAUGGUUCACUCCGGAGGAAUUUGUAAAGCAGGAGCCGACUCUCACUGAUGGACACUGGAAGAAAGACAUACUGUGCCAUGGAAAAACACUCAACUUUUUACUCCAGAAAAAGAUCCUGUGCAUCCGUUCCGAUCAAGAGCAAGACAUGAUGGCCCAGAACAAUGAUGAUGAGUGUUAUGUGUGUCACUCUGUGGGAGAUCUCGUGUGUUGUGACGAGUGUCCACGAGCUUUUCAUUCAGACUGUCACCUACCUGCUGUACCUGAAGACUCAUCUGGGGAAUGGAUUUGUACUUUUUGCAAGUUAAGAAACAGUCUACAACGGCUUGACCCCGCUCUGAACAUGUCUAAACUUGAAGCUUUGAAUUCCCCAGUGUCUCAAUACAUAUUGCACUGCCGCUACCUCCUGUUAUGUGUGUACAGACAGGACGUAGCCUUUUUAAAUCACCGGAUGUCUUUGGAUGGAAUAAAGCAAAAGUUGGAAAGUGGCGAGUAUCAGACAGUAGGAGCAUUCUUCUCUGACUUUAAGCCCAUUUUCAGAAACUGCAGGACGUUCGAUAGGGACAGUGAGUUUGGCCAAAUGGGUGCCAGGCUGAAGACAUUUUGUAGAGAAGAGUUACGGAGAAUCUUCAAAAUUGCAAAAGAGAUUACACCUGAAAUACUGAAGGAAGGUCGCAAAGACAAACACAAAAAAGUAUACAGGUUUGUGUGUCCAUAUGCUGGUCAGUUUCGCUGCAGUCUGACCAGCCUUAUGUUUGUGAUGGAGGGUGAAGGAGAGGUGCGUUAUAACACUGUCUCAUGGGAUCCUCAUCUGUUGGGUUUGGGGGAGAUGCAGCCUGCAGGACCCUUGUACAACAUUAAUUGUUUGAAUGGUUUAAUCUCAGGACUGCACCUUCCACACUGUGAAAAAUUCUCAGAGCAUGACAUGGAUUGUUUAUCGAUAGCCCAUUUCACUGGUGGUAAUGUACCAAUAAUAAUCAAUCCAGUUAAAGUGACUGAAGCUCUUGUGGUGACUGACAUCAAAGAUCUCUCCAUCUUUGGGCUCAUAAAAAAGACGAGCUCUCCUCCUUCCCCUGUCAUUGCCAAAGUACUUGUCUUCCUCCGCCCGGUAACUGUGAGAAGGAAAGAUCACAUGCUGGAUGUCCAUUUGCUCCCAUGGAAUGUUCCACUUUCAGAGGUCAUGAACCAGCACAUGAAGAAUAAAUAUAUUGAAACCAGUUCAAAGUGUUGUCUCGUCCCAGGAACACAAUACCAGUUGUGCUGUCAACCAAAGAUAUCUACAGUGCAUAGAGCGACGUUUAAGGUUAAAUUUGGUCCAGACUAUCAUCCCACAUUUAAAGUGCUUGUGAAUGUCGGGCAUAAGGAGGUCAAGCUAAGUCUUAUGGAUAACACUGAUGAAUGUGAAGUGUGGCUUCCACAACAAAUCCUUCUCACAGAAUCUGAAUUUGUGAACAAACACAGACAUCUCCACAUGGUCUAUGUUCAUGAUUACAGUUGAAAUUUACAGAGAACUUGAUCUAAUACCACUACGAAGGAAAUUGAAAGUCUUGUUGGAUGCUCUCGACUCUGAAGAAGCUUAUGCAGAAUUCUACAGAUUGCUGAAGGAGUAUGAACUGGAGUCAGAACCCAGUAAACCCCAGUAAUGCUCAGACAUUACUGCUGCUCCUUCACAUGUAUAUAAGACAGAUCCAGGUGCUUAUUUUCUGAAUUUGGUACGUAAUUUAGAUUUGAUUAUAUUUCUGUACAAUCUCGUCAUUAUACAUCCCUAUCAUUGUAUUCUUCUGCUUUGAUACAACCUGUGUUGUUAAAAGCCUACAUAAAUAAAAAAAUGA